CACCGCGGCCGCCGAGCCGAGCGGCGCCGCGCGGGGCCGAGUCGAGCCGAGCAGCCACCCGCGCCGCGUCGCCGGUUUAAGCGCAGUGCGGAGCCGCGGCCGGGGGCGGCGGUAGUGAGACCAGCGCUGCGCUCCAGCCCCCUUUUCCCUCCAUGGUUUCUCUCCGCUCCCGUGAGUAACUUGGCUCCGGGGGCUCCGCUCUCCUGCCCGCACGCCGCCAGCCGCCCCGGACCGCGCCGCCGGCCUCUGCCUCGAGCAGACCCCUUCCGACGGCCCUCACUGCGCAGGCUGGGAGCCUCUCCCCCCUCCGCCCCCGCUGCGGAAAGUUAAGUUUGAAGAGGGGGGAAGAGGGAAACAUGGACAUGAAGAAGAGAAUCCACCUGGAGCUGAGGAACCGGACCCCGGCAGCUGUUCGAGAACUUGUGCUGGAUAAUUGCAAAUCAAGUGAUGGGAAAAUUGAGGGCUUAACAGCUGAAUUUGUGAACUUAGAGUUCCUCAGUUUAAUAAAUGUAGGGUUGAUUUCAGUCUCAAAUCUCCCCAAACUACCUAAAUUGAAAAAGCUUGAGCUCAGUGACAAUAGAAUCUAUGGAGGUCUGGAUAUGUUAGCAGAAAAACUUCCAAAUCUCACACAUCUAAACUUAAGUGGAAAUAAACUGAAAGAUAUCAGCACCCUGGAACCUUUGAAAAAGUUGGAGUGUCUGAAAAGCCUGGAUCUCUUUAACUGUGAGGUUACUAACCUGAAUGACUAUCGAGAGAGUGUCUUCAAGCUCCUGCCCCAGCUGAGCUACCUGGAUGGCUAUGACAGAGACGAUGGUGAAGCCCCUGACUCAGAUGCCGAGGUGGAUGGUGUGGAUGAAGAAGAGGAUGAUGAAGAAGGAGAAGAUGAAGACAAGGAGGAGGAAGAGGAUGGCGAGGAAGAAGAGUUUGAUGAUGAAGAGGAUGAAGAUGAAGAUGAAGAUGUAGAAGGGGAGGAGGAUGAAGAUGAAGUCAGUGGGGAGGAAGAAGAAUUUGGACACGAUGGAGAAGUCGAUGAAGAUGAAGACGAUGAGGAUGAAGAUGAGGAUGAGGAUGAAGAGGAGGAAGAAAACGAGAAAGGUGAAAAGAGGAAGAGAGAAACAGAUGAUGAAGGAGAAGAUGAUUAAGAUCCCAAAUAACCAACAAAAAAAAAGAACUGUUCAGUAUUGGUUGGACUGCUCGUAUGGAUUUGGUAGCUGUUUAAAAAAAAAAAAAAGUAGCUGUGAUACAAACCCCAGGACACCCACCCACCCAAAGAGCCAAAGAAUAGUUCCUGUGACAUUCCGCCUUCCUCCAUUUUAGUCCCUCUUGGAAAUCCACCACCAAGCUUGGGGACUUACCCCAACAGAAUUGUAAGCGAUGUUAUUAGGUUCUCAGUGUAAGACUCUUGCUGUAGCGUGGAUAGCUGUGAUUGGUGAGUCAACCACCUGUGGCUACCAGUUACACCAAGAUUGUAACAGCAUUUUUACUUUCUGUACAACAAAGAAGCUUUGUAAAUAAAAUCUUAACAUUUUG